CCUCUGGGAUGAUCUGAACACAGGGGACAGACCGUGAAGAUGAAGCUGUUUGCUGUCAUCACCCUUUUUCAGCUGGUGGCUUUCUGUGCAUAUGCUACAGAACCGGUCAUCAACCUAAAAGAGAUAGUAGAGAAAAGUAUACAUACUAAGAAAGCACCUCUUUUGAACCCACUCCUAGAGGGUAAAAUCCCACCUCUUACAAACAUUGAUCCAGUUGCUGGCCCACUUACACCUCCAGAGCUUGAGGAACCAUUGAGCAAUUCAAAUCUAUUUGGCGAUAAUGUCAAUCUUAACUGGACCAAGUGGGAUGGUUCUCUUCCCCAAGGUGCAGUUGGCAUCUAUAAUGGGUAUUCAAAGCGUUCUGAUUACAUCUGUAAAUACAACUGUGAAGCAGGUUUUUACACUCCCAGCAAAGGUCCAUAUUGCAACUACCCCUAUGCUGAUAGAGAAUAUCAUGCCCCUGAGUUUGAAGUUUUAGUCAAUGUAGACAAUUUUGAGAUUGUGGAGUGGAAGGAAGGUUCAUAUGGAUCUGUGCCAAAGAAUGCCAUUAGGACCUGUGGAGGUGUUGGCAUUUUUGUUGGUAAGAACAAGUAUGGGCUUGGUAAGGUUGUACCUCAGUUUGAAGCCUUCUUCCUGCCAUGGGAAGGUGAUGAGUACUGGUACAAGUCCUAUGAAGUCUUGGCCAUCAACCGUGAUGUCUAUAGCCAACACAUCUCCCAUGUUGAGUAUGGUAUUAAUGAAGUUGAGCUCUUCCACUACCCACCAGAGACCAUGAGGAUCUCCAGUGUUACCAACAAUGACUGCCAGACAAUAACCAAGACUGUAACCAUCUCCAAGACCACGGAGGUGGAGAGCACCUGGAACAUUGGCCGUACCACUAUGCUUGGUGUUACAGCAGGCAUCACUGCUAAGAUCCCUAUGAUUGGCAGUGGUGGAGUGGAAUUCACUGCAGAGAAGUCCUUGCAGUUUAACCGUGGCACUACCCUAGUAGAAGCUUUAAGUCAUGAAGUGUCAGUUAAACUAACAGUGCCACCCAAUCACUCUUGCACUGCACGCAUGGAGGGACGAAAGAUGACUGCUGACAUCCCGUUUAAAGCAAGGCUCAGCCGAACAUAUGCCAAUGGAGAGACCCAAUGGACCUCCAUCAUUGGUGUUUAUGAUGGCAUUCAGAUAGGAGAGGUCAGAGCAGUGGUGGACCGCUGUGAACCUAUUGUAGAUUCUAAGCCAUGUCCAUCAGCUUUAUAGGGCUAUUAAAGUUCAAAGAAGCCAGUAACCAAUUACUAUCUUGUAACAUGCAAGUAUAAUUGUUAUAUAAGUUCAAAUUGUUAACAGCCUAAAAGAUAGGUUGAGUUGUAUUUCUUGUAGACAAUAAAUCAUACAUAUGUGAACUAACACCCUAAGAACUCCUUUUACUGUAAAUUGCUUGAAAAAUAAAGAGAUAAAACAACCAAA